AUGAAAGAAACGGAAAAAGCAGACAAGCAGAGGAACAAAAGACGAACACUAGAUCGCCUGUACUCCGGGUCAGACUUGCUACUGUCUCUUUUGUGUUUUAUCGCGCUAAUUCACCACGAACUCAGAAUACAAGAAAAUCAUAGUCUGAUAUUAGACUCGUCAGAGUUCUUUAAGAAGAUGGAAUCAGAAAUCCUUCGGAAAGUUCAGCAAAACGAUAUGGGAUGGCGUAAUAAGGAUAAAGAACCGGGGAGUACAUCUCGAACAACUCAAGAUGGUAAGGAAGCUAACCCAAAACGACAAAAACGCUCUUCGCCUGGUAAUUCACAACAAAAUUCAACCAUAACAUAUUCCGAUGUACAAAUGCUGGUCAAACGAGAACUACGACUGCUUCAAAAACAAGUCUGUGCUAAAGAUCAUACACUUUGUCGCCCCGGACCCAAAGGAAGCCAAGGGAGGCGGGGGAAACCAGGGAAACCUGGGCCACAUGGACUCACUGGUAAACAUGGGCCAGUAGGAGCACAAGGAGCGAAAGGAAUGAAGGGGGACGUCGGAAAACCGGGAGACCUCGGACCUAAGGGACCGUCAGGCCCGCCCGGCGUGAAAGGUACCAAAGGUGAGCGGGGCCAGUCCCUCUCGGCGCCAUCUCUGCUGAAGCGUCCUGUAGGAAAGACAGUCAAUGAAACUCAGACAGCCACGUUGAAAUGUACAGUGAAUGGUAACCCAGAGCCAUCAGUCACGUGGUACAAGAUUAAUUCGUCUCUCCCUGUUGGACGUCACGUGGUAGAGUCCAGUGGUGCCCUAAUUGUGAAGGACGUGAAAGCUGAGGACGAUGGAGUAUACACCUGCAAAGCGCAAAGUCUGCUUGGACAAGUGAACGCCUCAGUUAAAUUAACAGUGCAGUUUGCACCUAAAAUCCCGGUGACAUCCAAAAAUGUAAUAGCUGAAGAAGAAACGAACGUCACCAUCCAAUGCACUACUAGUGGUCGGCCGCGUCCAAUUUUCAAGUGGUCCAAGUCAGUGGGUAGUUUGCCUAAAUACAGAAUUACAUUCAAGAACGGAACACUAAAAAUCUUCAAUUUGACAAGACAGGACGGUGGAACAUAUAUCUGUAAAGUAGCGAACAUUCUUGGAUCAGCAGCAGACACCGCUCAACUCACAGUAUUUUCUCCUCUGAGGUUCAAAGUUCGUCCUCCACCAGAACUAACUCCUAUUAUUAGAUCAAGUGUUCGUCUUCCUUGUAUGGCCGAGAGCGGCAUGAGACCUUUCAUCACUUGGACAAAGGAUGGCGAGUCCUUUCUACCUGCAGGGUCAAAUGUUCUACAGAAUGGAACACUGGUAAUAAACAGCAUCAAGAAAUCACACGAAGGAUCGUACACCUGUAGAGCAGCUAAUGCUCUGACGGCAAUAGAAACCAAAGUCAAAAUUAACAAUCCGCUGAACAUCACUUCGUGUUCUGCGAUAAGAAAAUACGUCAGCAAUACAAGUAGAGAUUACGUCAUUGAUACCGAUGGCGAGGGUCCUUUAGCACCAUUUACAGCAUACUGUGACAUGAGUGACAAGAAUGGAGUUGGCGUGACAGUCAUCAGUCACGACAGUGAAAGCAGAACACACGUGAAUGGACAUGAGCCCCAUGGUAGUUACUCACGUGACAUUCAUUACACAGGUGCGAGUUUUUCCCAGCUGGCGAGUCUCACCAGAGUCUCCUCACACUGUGAACAGUUUAUCAAGUACGAGUGUCAUGGUGCACUACUAUUAAAGGAAAGACAUUCGUGGUGGGUCUCACGUGAUUCUAGAAACAUGACUUACUGGGGCGGAGCAUCUCCUGACAGUGACAAGUGCGCAUGUGGAAUGACCAAAUCCUGUGCAGACCCCAGUAUUGGCUGUAACUGUGAUAUGAAUGACGAUGUCUGGCGUGAAGACAGCGGUCUCCUCACUGAAAAGAAAGAUCUUCCAGUGAAACAGUUGAGGUUUGGUGAUACUGGUUCUGACAGCCUUGAGGAAGGUUAUCACACCCUGGGAAAACUGAAAUGUUAUGGCACACCAUAAACUUUCCCUUUUCUACAAGAAGUUUAUUGUUGUCUAUAUGUAAAUUGUCAUCUAUAUGUACCGCUACAUCUAGACACAGCAUUUGACACGCUUAUUCAUGCAUUUAUCACUUAAAGCAGCCUUGACUAUUGCAAUAGCCUAUUCAGAUGGUUCGGCGAAGUGCGGCCAUACAUUCUCCAAACUGCAAGGUAACAUGAAUGCAUGUGCUCGCCAGGUUUAUUGUGUCCCGAAAUCAGGUCACAUCACACUUUGCUUCGCAAAUUGCACAAGCUAUCUGUUUGCUACCGCCUAGAAUAUAAGAUAAUGAUCAUUAUAUUUAAGAUAUUGCAUAUCAUGGCGCCUGAGUUUAGAGUAAUUUAAUAUCUAUAUUACCACCGUUCAUGUAUAAUCUAUGACGCCUUCACGUGUCUGGUAUGCUAUUGGCAUUCUAAAGGUGAUAACCAAGAAUACUUUGGGAGAUAGAUCAUUUAGUAGUGCUACCCCCUCGGCUUUGGAAUCGUCUUCCGAGUUGAAUUCUAUUAGUAUUUCUAGUUUGAAUACAAUUCAAAGAAAGAAUAGGAACUUUUCUUUCUAAAAAGGCAUUUAAUAAGUUAGUCCUGUUUUUAUAUUUUAGCAUGCAUCGUUUGAAGAACUGUUAUCUUAAAUAUUUGAAAUUGUAAUUUUCGAGCCUUCCUUGACUUUAUAAAAAUGCGAUUGAAUAUGCGGCGUGUAGAACUAGCGAAUAGGAAUUUUUAACGGAGUCGCCUGGCCCAAUUUCGAGGCUUUGAACAAUGGAAGGUGGGUUUUAGAACAACAUUUUGCAAUGGAUUUCGAUUCACUAGCUUACAUGUACCGUUACGACCAUAGUUAAAGCUAGGUGGUUAUUUCAGUUGCAGUUACAUGGUAAGGUUUGGGCACGAGAUUAGGGUUACACCAGAGAGGAUCUUUCAGAUUUCCUAGAUAUUACAGAAAUUGUCGUUUUAAAGGUAGUGGAAAUCAUAGGAGCUGAAUUUACUCCAAGUAGGGCGUUCACAUUCUCGACCGCCUGCAUCAAUUAAUCUGAUAACAUUCUGAGCUAAAGCGUUUAUUAGAGAGCAAGGUAUUGAUUUUGAUUUUAUCAGAGUUGAGAUUUCAAGUACAGUUGAAAUGGCGGCUUCUUUGAAUAGUCACAAAUGGACUCAAAUACCUCCAAUGUUAAUCGAGACAAAAAAGGUGCAAACGCGAAUACCAAUAAUGCAAAAAAACUCAUAUGCAAUACUUUCUAUCACUUAAGCCAGUGGUAGUUACAGUUUGAAACAACUUUAUAGAGUCCCUCCUCUUCGAUGAAGUCCGUUGCGUGAGUAAAAAAAAAAAGAAGGAAAUCAGUGAAUAAAAGUUGCUGUUAGCGCG